AUGAAGCUUGCCCUCCUCUCACUCGCUGCCGUGGUCAGCGCUGUCGCUCCUCGCGACCCUCCCCCGUCGAACACCAAUCCUGUUCAGACUGGAGGCGAACCGACGCCUACACGCAGCCUCAGCAUCAUCCAGCCAAUCGUCUCCUUUACCCCGUUCCCGACAACCGACUCGGGUACAAUUACAAUCCCGAUCAUCACCAGCGAUUCAACGCAAACCACACACAUCUCCUCUACCAUCUCGGAGUCUUCCCCUGUGCCGACUUCUAACACGUCCGGCUCGAGCUCGCACCACCACAGCAGCUCUGGGAUUAGCACGCACAAUUCAACGGCUUCGAGCACCACUGGCACCGGAACAGGCACCGGAACAGGCACCGGAACAGGCACAAGUGGCUCUCCCUCGAGCUCCAGGACCACCAGUGCGCCAUCCAGCUCACUGUCCAGCGCUGCCGCCGCCGCCGCAACGGCCAAUAUUAUCGCUGGUAUUGCUGCCGUCGCUGGCCUCGUCAUGGCCGCUUAA